AUGCCUAGCACCCGUUUAAGGAUGAGACCUUGGCUCGAGAACAAGAUUGAAUCUAAAACAAUCCCAGGUCUUUCAUGGCUUAACAAGGAGGAAAUGAUCUUCCAGAUCCCAUGGAAGCAUGCUGCACGGCAUGGUUGGGACAUGGACAAGGAUGCCUCUCUUUUCCGCAGCUGGGCUAUUCACACAGGAAGGUAUAAACUGGGUGAGAAGGAACCUGAUCCUAAGACCUGGAAAGCUAACUUCCGCUGCGCUAUGAAUUCUCUUCCUGAUAUUAAAGAAGUGAAGGACAAAAGCAUCUACAAAGGGUCUAGUGCUGUACGAGUCUAUAAAAUGCUGCCAGCAACAAUUAAGACAGAGAAAAAAGAACGCAAGUCUAAGUCCAACAAAGAUACCAAGAGCAGAUCCCGAAAGAAGGUUGACAGCUUGUCAGCAGAUGAGGUGGAAGAAGCAGUGAAAAACUGUCAACUACCGGAGGAUCACAGUGGUUACACAGCGACUGAUUACUCAGUACAGGAAGCUACUUGCAGUUCAGAUAUAGGUGUGAAUCAGUCUGAUGUCACCAGCAGCAUGUCACCAUGGGAUGAUCAAAUGGAAAUGCAAAUACCUGACAGCACAAAUGACACUUACCACUUCCAGGUGUCACCCAUGCCAUCAAGCUCAGAAGGUGAUGAUGAAGAUAUAUUAUCUGACCAGGAGCUUUUAGCUCUUCUGGAAACAGACGCUUGGCAGCAAGUAAAUGAGGGUGGCAGAGGAUACUUUACCAAUGAACCAGGAACAGGAAGCACUUUUGUUAAUAAUACAAGCUCUAUGUUCGAUGGCUUAAGUAUAGGAGAGAUACAAGUUAGAGUCACUACAGACAUGAAACCACUUGACUUCGCAUGGCAAGAAUUAACAGCCAUCACCUGUUUAUGA